UUACCAUGGGAAUAACUCAAAGUAAACAAGAUGGAAGACGACGGAGGCGUCUUUGCGGGAGAAACCGUGGAAGAGUUUCGCACUUAUGAGGACUUCUUAGAUUCUCAGAUAAAACCUCUGGAUUUAUUUUACCUCGAGGAUCAGGAACUGGCUCGCCAACUGGUGGAGCUGGGCCACAAGGGUAGCAGUUUGGAGCGGGAGGAAUUUGAGACAAGGAAAGCAGCUGCCGAGGCCUCCAGGCUUGCUUCAGGGAGCCAACAGAAGAAGCUGGCAAGUACAGGAAAGGAACUCAAAGAUAACUUCCUGAGAGCCCUGGCGGAGCGGGAGGAGGCUAACCGCAGUGGGGCAAUGACUUCCAUCAUUUUCAUAAGGGACCGAAAUUCUCACGGACAGGAAAUAUCUGGGUAUAUAGACUACUCCCACCGACUAAAAUCUGAAGACUUUGAACCAUAUUUCAGCGGAAAGAAAAGGCUCAUGCCAAAACCAACUGACUUAAGCUUCUACAACUGGGGAACACAGGUGGCCAAACAUAAUGCCAGCACAAACUAUGAGGUAAUCACAGAAAAUCCAAGUGGCCUGCUCUUCAAGUGCAAGAACGACAGGAAAAUCUUGAAUGUUGACCCAGAGGCAGCACCCGGCGAUAGCUCCAUCCGAACUCCUGUCCAAUGUGACCUAUAUGUGCAUGUUGUCAUUUAUGACCACGUCACCAGAAAACCUGCUAACAGUUCCUGUGCACCGCUCUCCAAUUAAAUGUAUUAAAAAGCACUUGGAGCCUCUAAUUUAAUCUACAUUAACUACAUUAAUGACUCCAUAUUGUGCACAACAUCUGGAUGCAUCGAGUGGCA